AUGUCCAUUACCAAGAUCUACAGCUGGCUGGGCGCGAAGGCUUCGCCUGUAACUCCAAGAUCGCUGGAAGGCCUGCGCCGUGGCCAGAAAGCAGAUGUGCUGGGCAAGGUGACGAACGUGACGGUUAAGGAUUUGAAAGAUGGCAGCGCAAAAGGUGAAGUUUGGCUGAAAGACGACAGCGACCGGCUUGUUUUGUGCGAGAUGUGGGGGAAGACGUUUGCAAGUUUGGCGAAGGACAUGGCAGUGGGUCAGGUGGUUCGCGCCAUCAACUUUUCCGUCGUGACGCAUGACGGGAAGUCCAUUUCGCUGACCGGUGAAUUUUUCGCGGACAGCGAGCGCGGUUCUGCUAUGUUGGAAGUCGUCCUUGCUGGCGAGCAAGUUGAACGGCUGGCGUCCGUCCAGGAAGAGGGAGGAGAGGCCAUGUCGACUCCUUGGACGGCACCGCAAAGCUCGAAAAUGAUAUACACCGGGACGUGCUUCGUUUCUUGUCUAGCGUCCGUAAAGAACUCCAUCCUAGUCUCCUCGACAGCAGACACAAUGGCGUCGCAGGGUAGUGCGGCGGCAUCCGAGAGUCGUCCUUUUACGAAGGAAUCGUUGAAAGAAGAAAUUCGGGUUUUCGUACCCGGUGUGUGGCUCACAGAUGUUCGAGAUCAAGAUCCUGUCUUCCACGUCUGCGAAAGCUCUCGUCUGAAGAUUGAUGCCGUCACUGGACUCUGCCGCAAGAGCGGCGAAGCUUGUCAGUGCAAGGCAGCUGCUGAGCCACUUCUCCUGACCAGCGUGAGCCUGCGGGUGACGGUGCAGCAGGAUGAGUUCUGCGUCCUGGUUCGGACAAGCACGUUGCAGGAUGUGCAGGACGCGAUCUUGGAGACGGGGAUAUCUUCCCUGACUUUCCAAAGACGGUGCGAUGUGAUACUGGGAUCCAACAAAUAUGUUUCCAGUGGAGACUGGACUCACGCUCAAUUCCAGGUGUUGCGCGCGGAAGAGCAGUUGUUGGCACCCGUGAAUACGGAAAUGAGGCCUUUGCCAAGUUACGUGUACUUGACGGAGGACGCUGCACAUGGUCAAGUCAUCGCGUUGUCCUCGCUCGCGAAGGUGCCGGAGAGUCCGGGCGGGGCACGUGUGGAGGAGGCAAAUGGCGUCGUGCCUGCAAGCGUCUUCAUGUUGGUGACGGCGCUGGACAGGGCCAAGGCGCUGCAGUUGGAUGAGAAGACCAUCCAGGUGUCGCACGACCGUGUGCGGUCCUUGCUGCACGCAGAUGAGUCCGCGGAGUUUCGCGUGGAGGCACUUGCUACGUUGUCGGACAUGUUUGUCUUCAAUCUGCAGAACAUGAUUCGGAUCAUUGUCGGUAGCUUGCGUUUUCGAAAGGGCGUAUGUGUGUUUAUGGCCGAUCGCAUAUUUUCGCUACCUGAUGGGCUUUCUGAAGAAGAUGCAAAGAAUAUCAUGGAGACAGAGAUUGGGAGCGUGGCCGCCGUGGAGAAACGCAGCGGCAAUCGACGCAGGGCAGGGUCUCUCAUGGAAGCGACUCCGGCCAAAAAAACUUAA